AAUGGAGACAUUGACCUGGGUGAGGGACAGGCUCUCCGCAACGAGUAUGCUCAUCGCAAGAGGCAGGCAACUCCUCCUGCACCUGCCAACAGGGAAACACUUGAGCAAAGAAUUACUGAAGUGGUCACCUCACUUGAUGCUGACGUUGUAUUCCUAGCUGAGGGACUGAAGAAUGCAGACAGGGAGUACGAGAAGAAAUUCAACUCCCCAACAACAUCGAAGGAGGCACUCAAGUCCCUCUGCUGGGAAAGGAUUGAGUUCAAUACUCUCCUUCUUCAGUCUCAGAAACUGAAAUGUACAAUGGAGGGCAUUCUUGCCCAUCUUAACCCUGACAAUCCACGUGUCGGUUAUGUUAUCACAAGCUUAAGAAACCUGAGGCCAGACUACCUCAAAUACUUGAGAAAUUUGUUCACCAAGAAGCGCCAGCCUGCUGCCACGCACGUGCUAGUUAUCCUCAUCUCAGAGGAAAGGAGAUGCAUAAAACCAUAUGCCCUUCCUGUUUGGUACGUUCCCUACAAGUCAAUCAAGAACCAAUUUCUUCGUGAUCUCCUUAACAAAGUGAAAAGUGCAAUGGUAGAGCUUGGAAUGAUUCCAGUUGGAGCAGUUACUGAUGGAGAAUUCAGUUCACUCCGGACUCAAGGCGAGACCAGACCGCUACAUAUGAUACAGCUUAUCCAUUAUGCACGUGAAAGUGUUAGCCGCUUGACCCAGCAUACCUUACUCUCCAUGCUGUUAUCGACAGGAGUGGAUGCUGCUGGGCGACCAAAAGUCUCACAGCCUAAUCGCCAUAUCCCAGACUCUCUCAUUACUGAGCUGCACAGUUUGAGGACAGACCACAACAUGUCACUGGAAGAUGCUGUGACAUACUUGAGAGGGAAACUGGUACCUAAUGGCUACUCACCCUACACGUUCCACCCAAACACCCCUGAGAGCUUCCUCGACAAGCUGAGAUCCUUAGUUGGAACAUAUAUUUACAGAGGUGAGCAUUUACUCAUGUAUAUUACUUUAUGUAUUAUGCACACAAUUUUUGUCAUUUCCCCUCAAUAACUUAACUGAUUGAGUUUUUAGUUUAUUUGGAUCU